AUAACAUAACCUCUUUGAUCAUAACCUAGUCAAUUUAUAUUGCAAGUGUAAAUGUAAAGUGAUUUUCUUUGUUUUCUAUUAGCAACAUUAAUGCGAAACUCUUACAAUAAACUCUCUAAUUUACAUAUUCUUCGGGCAGGAAUGUCAUCAAGUAAAAAAACAAAAAAGGAUAAGCUAACAACAAAUCAUGAAACUUCAAGUUGUUCUGCAAUUACUUUGGAUAAAUCAAAAUGCGUAAUUAUUAAAGUAUUGGCGAAACCUGGAGCAAAACAAAAUGCUAUAACAGAAAUUUCAGAAGAGGGCGUAGGUAUUCAAAUCAACGCUCCUCCAGUAGAUGGCGAAGCUAAUACUGAAUUAAUAAAAUAUUUAUCCAAAGUAUUAGGACUAAGAAAGAGCGACUUAUCACUUGAUAGAGGUUCGAAAUCUAGACAAAAGAUUGUUAAAGUGGAUCAAAAUUUAUUAUCAGUUGACGAUGUUUUUAAGUUAUUAAAUAUUGAAAUUAAAAACUGAAAUACAUUUUUUGUAUGAUGCCUUCGUUUUCUUAA